GCUCUGACCACAAGUCUUCUCUGCAAACUUCUCAAAAUCACCUACCUCAACUUCUGACGACUUUAUACAACAUGUCUAACGAGGAUGGCGCAAGCAACAAUGAACUCCUGAUGGCCGCAUGCAGAGACGACAAUCUCGACUUACUUGACCAGGUCCUCUCGUCUGACCCUACCACUUUCAACGUGAACUAUACUGAUGGACUCGGCAAUUCUGCUCUUCAUUAUGCGGCGCGAAACGCCUCGACAGAGUGCUUAGAGGUCCUGCUGUACUUUGACGGGAUCAAUGUCAAUAUUGCGAAUCGCAUUGAAGGAGAUACGCCUUUGCACAAGGCUGCAGCAUACCAGGACCCCGAUGUUGCUCUGGAGAUGGUUCAAGUCCUUGUCAACCACGGCGCUUCGCUCAACGCUUCGAAUAAACUCAAGCAAAAGCCCGUGGACAAAGCGCCUAGCGAUACUCAUGGAGAAGUGAAGGAUUUUUUGCAGCGCGCUGCUCUGGGAGCACAAUAUGAUGCGAGAGAUAUUGUUGGAGACGACGACGAUGAUGAAUCGGACGGUGUUCCGAGCGAUGACGAGUAGAGGUCCAAGAUACCGGAUACACAUGCACAUGGUAUACAUUGAAUAAACUCUGUGGGAGCAUCGUACCCUACUUAAAUGGC